CAUUUUCUCUCACUCUCUCACCCGAAACUUACUAGUUACUACCUGCCCAUCUUUCAUUUGUACCUCUUCUACUCAGUUCCUGUUUCCUUUUCUCAGUUGGGUUUUGCAGCAUCAUGCUUGAAUUGUUCAAAGUUCAGAGCUUUUAAUUGAUUUGUUUAUUCAUCUCAUCUGACUACUUCUUUCCCCUUUUGGCCUUAUAUUCCUUGGUUUAUUCAUCUCAAACUUGUGUUCUUUUUUGUAGUAACUGCCGAUUUAGUGGCUGAUCAAGCAAGGUUUUCACCAUUUCUCUGUCUAUCGUUUGUGUUUUCUGCAAUCGGACUUUGAGUUUAUGAUUUCUGGGUUUGCUCCAUCAAACACAAGAGUUCAUGUGCCAUAGUCUGAUGCAAUCUCAGAAAGUUGGUAUGGAUGAUUUCUGAAUGUUGACUUGGUAGAAAUUUUGAUACUUUACUUUUGGGGUUACAAAUCCAAGCUUUUGAUCUUUCAUCUCUUUAGUAUAAACUAGAGUCUAGAGAGAGAGAGGAGUUUGACUUGAUCAGCUAAAGUUGUCGGAUUUCGAAAUUAGAUCUUAUUUGUUGUGCUAAGAGACGUUCAAUAGAGGAGGUUGAAUUUUGAUGUUAAGCAAGUGUUAAGGAAGGAAGGAAUCGAGUUUUGGUCAAAAUGGGAAAUACUUGUGUUGGACCAAGCAUUUCCAAGAACGCUUUCUUCCAAUCAGUUUCAGCUGUAAUGUGGCCAAACCGGUCGCCCGAUGACUCAGUUCACACAAACGGAGAAGCUGUCACUGAGACAUCAUCACCUAAGGAACCUGAGUCACCUAUGCCAGUACUAGACAAACCACCAGAGCAAGUGACAAUACCAAAACCAGAAACUGAGCCAAAACAAUCUGCCAAACCCAAGAAGCUACCGCAGAUGAAGAGGGUCCCUAGUGCAGGACUUGCCGGUUCAGUGUUACAAACAAAAACUGGAAAGUUAAAGGAGUUUUACAGUUUGGGGAGGAAACUAGGACAAGGGCAGUUUGGAAUUACGUUUCUGUGUGUGGAGAAGGCGACAGGGAAAGAGUAUGCGUGCAAAUCGAUUGCAAAAAGGAAGUUAAUAACUGAUGAGGAUGUGGAGGAUGUGAGGAGGGAAAUUCAGAUCAUGCACCAUUUGGCAGGGCACCCAAAUGUUAUAUCUAUUAAGGGAGCUUAUGAGGAUGCUGUAGCUGUUCAUGUUGUAAUGGAAUUAUGUGCAGGAGGUGAGCUCUUUGAUAGGAUUAUCCAGCGUGGGCAUUAUACAGAAAGAAAGGCAGCUGAGCUAACUAGGACUAUAGUUGGAGUUGUCGAAGCUUGCCAUUCAUUGGGAGUUAUGCAUCGAGACCUUAAGCCGGAGAAUUUUCUUUUUGUCAGUCAGGAUGAGGAUGCACUUCUGAAAACUAUUGAUUUUGGAUUAUCUAUUUUCUUGAAGCCAGGAGUAAAAUUUACUGAUGUGGUUGGAAGUCCAUAUUAUGUUGCACCCGAAGUGUUACGCAAGCGUUAUGGUCCAGAAGCAGAUGUCUGGAGUGCAGGAGUAAUCCUUUACAUUCUGUUAAGUGGGGUACCUCCAUUUUGGGCUGAAGGUGAGCAGGGAAUAUUUGAACAGGUCCUGCAUGGUGACUUAGAUUUUGAAUCAGACCCUUGGCCUAGUAUUUCUGAUGGUGCCAAAGAUUUAGUGAGGAGAAUGCUUGUCCGAGACCCUAAAAGGCGGCUGACAGCACAUGAAGUUUUGUGCCACCCCUGGGUGCAAGUUGAUGGUGUGGCUCCCGAUAAGGCUCUUGAUUCUGCAGUUCUAAGUCGCUUAAAACAAUUUUCAGCUAUGAACAAGCUCAAGAAAAUGGCUCUCAGAGUAAUUGCAGAGAGGUUGUCUGAAGAAGAAAUAGCUGGCCUGAAAGAAAUGUUCAAGAUGAUAGACACUGACAACAGUGGUCAAAUCACUUUUGACGAACUCAAGGCCGGAUUGAAAAGAUUUGGAGCAACUCUGGAGGAGUCUGAAAUUUAUGAUCUAAUGCAAGCAGCAGAUGUUGAUAACAGUGGAACCAUUGAUUAUGGGGAGUUUGUGGCUGCAACAUUGCAUCUGAACAAAAUUGAGAGAGAAGAUCAUCUAUUUUCAGCUUUCUCCUACUUUGAUAAGGAUGGAAGUGGCUAUAUUACUUCAGAUGAGCUUCAAGUAGCAUGUGAGGAGUUUGGCAUAGAGGAUGUUCGCCUCGAAGAGAUGAUAAGAGAAGUUGAUCAGGACAAUGAUGGACGCAUAGAUUACAACGAGUUUGUAGCCAUGAUGCAAAAAGGAAAUUUUGUUGGCCCGGGUAAGAAGGGAUUGCAAAGUAGCUUCAGCAUUGCCUUUAGAUAAGCACUUGAAAUUUAGUUCAUAGAUAACAAAGAAGGUUUCCUGCUUCAUUCGUCAUUGUUUUGAGGUAUUAAGAUUGUAUAGAAAGGUGCUUAACUGCUCACUCUUCCAAGUCGAGCCAGGCAUUUCGGGUUGUUUUCUCCGAAUUUGUUGAGACUUCCACAUCGAGGGGAUUUUGCAUCCGAAAUUCGGUGCCCUUUCUAUCAUGUAUACAGCGAGGAGAAACAUUUUCAUUGGCAUAUGUUUUUUUUUUCUUCUUUGUAUAACGAAUAAAUGCAGACUUGGUUUGGAACACAUUUGUGAAUUGUGAUCGUAAUUGGUAAAACUACUCAAGUGGACCAUGAAAACAUAGACUGAUUUAUUAUGUCA